GGCCAUGGAUGAGGUGUUGUUAACACGUUCCGAGAUAUCCAAUAUCUGCAGUGGAUUCGAAUACAUGAAAAAUACACGUUUCGAGUCAUAAUCCGACGAGAAGAAAGAAAAAACGAGUUAUAUUUGCACGUGGAACGUUUCCCAGAGGAGACGCCUGUUUUUUUUGUUUGCGUAUACUAUUUGCAAAAUAUUAUAACAAUAGCGGCGCAUUGUUAGGAAAAAUUCACAUUUAUUCUAUUAUAACAACCAUGGUAUAAGAGACGUUUGUGAAAGCGAAUAAAACAUACAUUUUCUAAGGGUUCAAAGAUGAAAGCUUUAGUCCGUAGUCUCACGGGAAUAGAAGUAUCAAUUGUCUUUAUAUUAUGUAUUUCCUUAAUGACAGAAGAAACCGUAACCAAUAUAAACAACAACUUCAACUCGACUGCAGGUUAUCAUGAAAAUUUGUGCCUGACGCCGGAAUGUCUUCAUACUGCAUCUAUGAUCCAGAAGAAUAUAGAUUCCAGUGUCGACCCGUGCGACAAUUUUUAUGGUUACGCCUGCGGUGGGUUCAUUAAGAACACAAUCAUACCUAACGACGAAGGCAGCGUCAACAGCUAUAUGAUCAUUCAUAAAAUCGUACAAGAAAGACUCAAAGCAAUCAUGCAGGCUGAAUGUGUACCAAAUGAACCGAAACACUUUGGGCUAGUGAAGAAACUCUACAAGGCGUGUAUGAACACGAGAGCAAUCGAAGCAAGGGGAUUCGAACCUAUUCUCAAGAUUCUCCGAUACUCUGGUGGGUGGCCAGUUCUCGAUGGUAAUUCGUGGGAGAGUAAUGAGUUUAACUGGAUGAAAUCGAUCCAUAAACUUCGCGAAGCCGGUUCUUCUUUCGAUUAUUUCGUCAAGUUCGACGUUUCCGCAAAUCCGGUAAACAACACUCACCGUGUCAUUAUUCUUGAUCAACCGAGUCUUGGAAUCGAUAGUGAACAUGUUACAAAAGACUUUGACACCGAGACGCUCAAGGCUUAUUACAAUGAAAUGGUGGAAUUUGCUGUAAUGCUCGGUGCUGAUAAAACUCGAGCAACGAAGGAACUCAGAGAGUCGUUGAUGUUCGAAAUGAAACUGGCAAAAAUUUCAUCGCCACGCGAGAAGCGUAGAAACGCAACACAACUGUACAAUCCCAUGACACUCUCACAACUGUCGAAAAAGUAUCCAAACGUGAAGUGGAAGGAAUAUUUCAAUAGAUUGUUGCCAUCAUCGAUUAUCGUUGACGAGGAAGAACUCGUAAUCGUAUACGAGCCGAGUUACAUAGCUCAUUUCGACAAGUUGAUAUCGCAAACGCCAAAAAAAGUUCAGGCAAAUUAUGUUAUGUGGAGAACUGCCAACACGUUGAAAAAUUACAUGAGCAAAAAUUUAUUUGCCGGAUUAACCGAUCGUAAUACGAGAGCAGAGGAAUGUAUUCCUACGAUUGCUGAACUUUUACCGAAUGUUGUUGGCGCUAUGUAUGUUAAGAAGUAUUUCGAUGAACGAUCUAAAAAAAAUGCUGCCGAAAUGGUUAUGGAUAUGAGGAAACGAUUCACUAAUAUUUUAAAAACUUUAGACUGGAUGGAUGAAACGACACGAACAGAGGCGUUGAAUAAAGCGACAGCAAUGCAAAGUCAUAUCGCGUAUCCGGAUGAGUUGUUGGACGAUGAUAAACUCGAAAACUUUUACGCUAAACUCGAAUUGUCUGGAAACCAUUAUUUCGAGAGUGUAUUGAAGGUAACUCUCUUCAACACCGAAUAUACGUUGAGUCAGUUGCGAAAACCUAUCAACAAAACUGAAUGGUUAUCUCAUGGAUCAGCGGCCGUCGUAAAUGCGUUUUAUUCUGCAGUAAAAAAUAGUAUUCAAUUCACUGCUGGUCUCUUGCAAGGGACUUUGUUUGCGAGCGAUCGCCCUAAGUACAUGAACUAUGGUGCCAUUGGAUUCAUUAUUGGCCAUGAAAUAACACACGGCUUUGACCGCGAAGGCAAGCAGUUCGACAAGGAUGGCAAUCUAGUUGAUUGGUGGGCACCGGCGACUGAAGAAAAAUAUCUCAAACGCGUACAGUGUAUAAUUAAUCAAUAUAAUAAUUACACCGUUCGAGAGGUUGAUUUAAAGCUAAACGGUGUGAAUACGUUGAGUGAAAACAUUGCAGACAAUGGGGGGAUCAAAAUCGCAUAUCAAGCCUACAGCAGUUGGGCUGCUAAGAAUAACCCAGAAAAACGAUUACCUGGAAUUGAUAAAACUCCGAAGCAAAUGUUCUGGUUGAGCGCUGCAAACGUUUGGUGCGCCAAGUAUACACGUGAAGAUUUACGAUCACGUGUAAUCUCAGACGUGCACAGUCCUUCCGAGUUCCGAGUUCUCGGCUCAUUUUCGAACAUGCUAGAAUUCGCUAAUGACUUCCAAUGUCCUGUCGGUUCGAAGAUGAAUCCCAUUAAAAAAUGUUCAUUUUGGUGACUAGAAAUUGUACCUAAUCCCCACAACUAUCGAUCCACGAAAUCCGUUGGCAUCACACUCUGCGUCCAAGCAUGAGUGAAUUACUAUUUCCAUGGAUAUAUUAUAUUACAUGAAUUUCCGCGUGUUCUUGUAAAUCAAAUAAAUUUAUCAUAAAUAGGGUAAUGUGGGGCAAAAUGGACACUUAAGGAUUUAAGCAAGUUUCAUUGAUGAGCAUAUGGUCUUUCAACUAUUUUUGAGUCCCAAAAUUGAUGCCUAGUCCUUGUUUUCCGAAUUUCGUAAAAAAAAAAUUUCGGGGCAAAACGGACACGGCCCCUUAGAGGCAUAAAAAUCGAAAAACCGACAUUUUUCGAAAUACAGUCGUUCUAAGCGACUGUUCCCGAAUAGAAUGUCAACUCGGUAAUAUGGGAAAAGAAAUGGGACCACUCAGGCUCCAUUCCUUGGAUGUAAAUGAAAAGAAAUGAGUCAAAUCUUAUAUCCCAUUUCUUUCAUGUUUUUGAGGAAUGCAAAAAAUCAACUUUGGGUUCACCGUGCUGGGGUAUAUUCCGUGUUCGCACUAUAUCAGAGUCCCACCAUUAAUUCAUGGCCCUAGUUUCCGGAAUUUCUUCAAAAAAAUUUUCCGGGGCACAACGGACACAGAGCCUCCAAGAGGCAUAAAAAUCAAAAUAUCGACAUUUUUCGAAAUGUAGCAGUUUAGCAGACAGAAAAAAAGCUCACCCAAGACAGCCAAGUCCUCGUCUUUUGAAGACGUUUCUUGCAUUUUUUGUGAAGGGUUAUAAGGGAAUGUGGGGCAAAGUGGGCACCCUAAGCGAUUAAGCUACAUGUAUCGGUUUACAUAUGGUCUUUCGUCUACUGUUGUGUCCAAAAACUGAAUCCCCAUGCUUAUUUUUCAUAUCCUUAAAAAAAAGAAUUAUGGGGCAAAGUGGGCACCUGCUCCGAAAAAAAAAAUGCUCAAAUGACAAUUUAAACUAAUUUUCACACAUGUACAAUCAAAUUGGAAGAAAUUUGAAUUUUUGAAAAAAAAAUGAAACAAUACAUUUAUUUAAGUGCUCACUUUGCCCCGGGUGUCCACUUUGCCCCACAUUCCCAUAUUCGUUGUCCUCUGAAUAUUGGAUUUACUGUGUAACAUCCAAAAAAUGGGCACACACCUUGUGUACAAGUGUUGAAGACGAAAAUGUCAGCUAUAAGUGCGAUUUUUAUAAAAAAUGAAUAAAAAACCUUUUUUCCUUAUUCGUACUUUGAUUACUAUUGUGGUUUUUAAAAAUAAGUCAAAAAAGUGAAUAAAUAGUGAGAAAGUAGUUUGGGAUCUAUUUCGCUCUGAAACUUGAAUUUUUUGGGGAUGUCACCGUGGAAUUCAACAAUUUACCAUGAUUUAUGGUCAGGACAUGAUUUGGAACCGAAAAAAAACUGUUAUGCAUUUUAGGAAAUUUUAGUUUCGGGAAAGUCCAUUUUGCCCCGGAAUUCAACUUUAUGGGGCAAAAUGGACACUGUGUCCGUUUUGCCCCAUAUGUCCAUUUUGCCCCAUAUUACCCUAAUUAAAUUACUUUGUUUCAAAGUGGUGCCACCAGAUUUAAUCUGAUGGCACGUGUUAACCGACUCUUAAAAUAAUACAUUUUACAAGUGAACUACGUUACGAUCUAAUAUCGAGAAAAAGUUGUGUAAACCAGCGGACGUGUUUUUUUUCUUUUAUAUCCUCCAUUAUCGAAACGAUUACGAAAUUGAUACUUAGCAUGCAGAAAUUAAAAAGCACGUUUUUUCGUUCUAGAUAAGAUUAUUGAAAAAGGUAUGGAACCAUUCUUGAUAACGUAUUAGCAGGGAAAGACGAAACGUGCAUUCGAACAAUAAAACUACUCGAUUGUACGAUAAAAAGUUGUUCAAAAAACGAAAUAAAGAUAUUUUGUCAUUUUCAGUAA